AUGACUACCCGCUGUUCCCACGGCAGUGCUUGUGAAGACUUCAAGGUGUUGACCAGAUUCAGACAAACUGACUGGAUAGUCAGUCUUUCAUCCACACGUGAGGAGAGAAAUUUGAGGGUUUCUACCAUUGCUAGGCAUUCGGCUUGCUCGGCUGAGGAGGCAGGAACGUCCUCUGCAAAUCCGUCGAUUAGAGUUCCAGCUGAGUCGCGACACACACAGGCGAUUGAUCCUUCGAGUGAUCUAGGUUGCAACUUUGGGUCCGGGAGGUGCCUUCUAAAGACGAAACUGUUUCUUGCUUUCCAGAUUUCCCAGAGGACUACCGAGACUAUCUCUAAACCAGGAGCAUCCCAGACUUCCCUCGUCCAUUUACAGAGAAGAAGUAAAUGUUCCGAGGUCUCCACAUGCGCUCGGCAUAUUGGGCAUAUUGGGUCAGUAGUGUUGAAAGAACUGGCCAUUCAAUCCAUCCGGACCCGGGGCCUUGGAGAUUCCAAGCUGGAAAGUUGCUUGUUUAACCUCAUCCAUCGUUACUUCUACAAGCAGCCUAAGCUUUGUAAGGCAGCAGCAGUAUUGGUCAUCCUGCUCGAGAGGCCCUCAGUUGCUGACAUCGAAGAAUUCCAUGCCUUAUUAAUAACUCCUCUGCAUUCCUCAUCUUCUAGCCAAAAUGCUUCGAAGUAAGUAUGUUCUUUGUGCUGUCCUCCUUAUUCAUCCGAAAUUGCUGGAUGGGGCCGGAGCUGCUCUCCUCGUAAAUAACUAAUUGUCCAGGGUGGAUUGGUGUCUCCGGAAUGCUUUCCUCUUCCAUAUUAUCAAGUAAGUCUUUACCAUGGAAUAGCUUCCGGAAAAAGGCUGCUGUUACUGACCUUAGCCUUUAGCCAUGAGCCGAAAAGUCUGUCCUCAUCCGUGUUCACAUCCUCUACACUAAAUGGCACCUCCUCGCAGUUAGAUGCAUAAUGUCCUAUUUUUCCACAAGAGAAGCAAAAGUAUGGGAGCCUCUCAUAUUUAAAAUCCAGCCAGAUUUUCUUUCCUUCAUUAUCAGCAAGCAUACCUGACUGCAGGGGUAAUUUGAGGUCCAAAUUCACUCGCGCCCUUCCAUAAGACACCAUUCCUCGCGUCUCAAUUUUUACUUCUUGCACUUGUCCUAUGAUACCAGCUACUUCACGAACUACUUCCACAGAAAGCCACUCAAAAGGAAGCCUCAAAAUAUGCACCCAGAAGUCACACGAGUCGAAGUUAUAACAUAAAGCUGUGGUAUUUGGUGUCCAUUGUUUCAAAAUCAACAGGUUAUUCAUGAAAGACCAUGAACCUUGGUCCAUUACUCUUUUCUUCACAGCUGGAGAAUCAAAGGUUAUAGCGAAAAUACCCUGUUCUAACGGAGUAAAGUCUACAU